AAAUAAAGAGUUAAUAUAAUUAUUUACUGAGCGGGGAUGCUUGAAUAUGAAGAACCUGGCACAGCCGCACGCUGGCUACAACACUCUUGAGUGAACCAUGUAUCGAUCUCUAUAUUCUCGUUCAUUCACUUACUCAAUUCGCAAAUCACAACUACCUCUAUCCAGAUUCUCCACACGUGUAGACUCACCCACACGCGCUCAAAACACUGUUGCCUCCAAAUUAGGGCAAAGUUUCAACCAAAAUCUAUGUAGUUUUGUAGGUUAUAAGGCGACAAUUGAGGAAUCAGUGCAGGCCAAAAUUGUUAAUGCGCUUAGUUUAGGUGAUCGAAGUACGGCUUCCUCUCUAUUGAAAGAUGUUAGUUGUAAAGACGGUGUUCUUAGAGCUGAUGAUUUUCUUGAGAUACUUAACUAUUGCGCGAGAUCGCCUGAUCCAUUGUUUGUUAUGGAGACGUGGAAAACUAUGCAGCUAAAAGAGGUCAGCAUAUCCGGCAAAUGCUACUUUCUUAUAACCCGAGCUCUCUGCAAGGGAGGUUACAUAGAGGAGGUCUUCAGUUUGAUAAACAAUGUUGGCGAAAAUUCAGACUUGUAUCCUGUAUUGCCUAUGUACAAUAAUUUAUUGCAAGUUUGUGUUGAGACACAUAGUGUUAAUCAUGUCAUCAAAUGUCUGGAUUUAAUGGAGAAGCAGAUGGUGGGAAAGAAUGAAGCAACUUAUAUGCAGCUUCUCAAGUUUGCAGUUUUGCAGCGGAAGUUGUCUGCAGUCCAUGACAUUUGGAAAGAGUGCAACAAAUACUACAAUCCCAGCAUGAUUGUCCUUAAUAGGUUUAUAUGUUCCUUUGCGAGUUUGGGAGAUUUGAAUGCUGCCUAUGCUGUUUUACAGCAUAUGUUAACAUUGCUUCUUCAGGGAGGUUCAAUUGUCAAAACCAAUGCUAAAGGAAGUCCACAUACGCAGAGAUUAGAUAUUCCUAUACCUUCAUACACUGUCUUGAAUUUGGAAAAUGUGAGCAUAGAUAAUCAAACUUUAGUACCAUCUGUUGUUGAACACUGUAACAAUGUGGGUACACAGGCAAGUGAGGAAAUGCACUUAUCUACUUUCAACUCGAAAAAACGUGAAUUUGGAGAUGUUGGAAUGGAUGUGCUAAGCAGAUGUGUGAGUGUGCCGGCACUGCGGGUGUUGAGGGCUUCUUUCAAUAGUAUUAUAUACGCUUGUGCACAAGCUAAAAAUUCUUUGCUGGCGGAGCACAUAUUUCUACAGAUGCAAAAUCUUGGUGUGGAACCAUCCAGCAGUACAUAUAAUGGGUUAUUGAGAGCUGUUGUUAAAGAUAAAGGUUCCGAGGCUGGAAUAGAACUGCUCAAGUCAUUGCAAAAAAGGAACGUCCAACCAUAUGAUCCAAUAUUUGCAGCCAUAUCAAUCAAAUGCAGCAAGGAGUUGAAAGUAGAUUUGGCUGAAUCAUAUCUGGACCAGAUGUCAUGCAGAUCUGUUGUUUAUCCUUACAAUUCUUGUCUUGAAGCUUGUAAAAUUCUGGAUCAACCUGAACGUGCUAUUCGAAUAUUAGCCAAAAUGAGACAUAAGGAAGUUCGCCCAAAUAUCAGAACAUAUGAGCUUAUGUUUUCGUUGUUUGGCCAUGUAAAUGCGCCUUUUGAAUCUGGAAACAUGCAAUCACACAUGGAUGCAGCCAAAAGAAUAAGUGCAAUAGAAGCAGAUAUGCUAAGGAACGGCAUCCAGCACAGCUCUUUAUCAAUCACGAACCUGCUGAGAGCAUUGGGGGCUGAGAGGAUGAUAAAAGAAUUGAUGCUAUACUUGCGAGUGGCCGAAAGGAAUUUCUCUUUUUAUAAAAAAGAAUCAGUAACACUGAUCUAUAAUGCAGUAUUGCAUUCCCUUGUCGAGGCUGAGGAAACUCAACUGGCAGCAGAAACCUUCAGAACUAUGAUAAAAUACGGAUAUCAGCCAGAUCUUGCGACUUAUACUAUCAUGAUUGAUUGUUGCAGCAUUGUUGGAGGUUUUAAGUAUGCAUGUGCACUGGUUAGCUUAAUGAUCCGUAAUGGAUUUUGUCCAAAGGGGGCAACUUACACUGCUCUCACAAAGAUUCUUUUGGAGCACGAACAUUUGAAGAACAGAGAUUUUGUUGGCGCGCUAAAACUUCUGGAUAUGGCAUGCUCUGAAGAGAUUCAACUUGAUACAAUGAUAUUUAACACUAUAAUUCGAGAAGCGUUCUUCAAGAAAAAGCAUCUAGUAAUUGAGCUUGUUCUUCAGAGGAUGCAUGAAAAGAAGAUCCUUCCGGAUGCAACCACCUGCAGCUAUGUGUUUCGUGCAUAUGUUGCUCGACGGAGAUACAGCACAGCUUUGGAAUCCUUGCAGGUUCUGUGCAUGAGAAUGAUUCUUGAAGAUAGUAGCAGUCCGGAAGACAUGAGAUCUGUGUAUGAGCAGCAAUAUAUUUUGGCAGAGGACAUGGAAGCUGAUUCACGGAUUAUUGAACUCUUUAAAGAUCACAAGGAUAAUCUUGCUUUUGGACUUCUUAACUUGAGAUGGUGUGCCUUGGUUGGACAUGCAAUUUCAUGGUCACCUGAUCAAAGUCUGUGGGCUAAGAGACUCUCAAAAACUUAUGGUUCUGGAAAGCGUGGGAGCUUAGUUGAUGAGAAUCUUUCAGAUACUUAUGUUUCUAUGCAGCGUGGUACCUUAAAACUUCACAAGCAUACAUAUCUACUUCGAAAGUGUCAUGGUUCUAGACAGUGGGGUAGCUUAAAACAUGGUGGAAAACUUUCACAACUUCAUAGUUCUAGGAAACUUCGUAAAAAACUUGCACAACUUGUUGGUUCUAAAAAGCGCAGUGGUUCUGGAAAACAUGGUAAGAAGCCUAGCAGGUUAAAACUUUAUAAGCAACCCUCAGAUACGUGAGGUUUCAGAGGGACAGUAGUUUAUACUUAAGCAUAGUAUAGUGUUCUGGUUCACUUGUGACUGUAGAAGCUGGUGACUGCUCACUUGAUUGAUUACUUCUCUGUCUGGGGAGCUGCUUCAAAUUGAUGUAAAUGGACGAGCUUUUUGGAUUGAAAUCAAUCUCUUCAACAGCACUGGGUUUUGGUUUUAGGUCACUGCAAGCUCCCAAAUAUCUCGUCGAAGAGCUUGAUUUAGCCAAGAAGAGCCUGAUUGCAAUUUUGUAGCAUCCAUUUGUUAUUGAAAAUGUAAUACUAUCAUGUUGAUAAAAUAUAGUUAAAUUUAACUGAGAUUAGUUACCUUCAACUGUUUAUUGUCUAGGCAUCAGACAUGCCAAUAUGAAGUAUUAUAAUGUACUGGGGUAGUGGGGUGUA